CUUGCCUUUUCAUGUACAGAGGAUGAUGUGGACCUGGAAGUGCUGGUGAGUGAAAUGAACGCAUCUCUGGAGAGCCUUUACUCAGCUUGCAACAUGCAGUCCGAUACGGUGCCUCUCCUGCAGAAUGGGCAGCAUGCCCGCAGCCAGCCACCAGCCUCGGCCUCAAAGCCUGCCCAGCCACAGGCGUCCCUGAGGCAGAAAGUGCUGCGCUCCCAGCCAGUGCACAUCCUCGCUGUCAGGCGCCUUCAGGAGGAAGACCAGCAGUUCAGAACCUCAUCUCUGCCGGCCAUACCAAAUCCAUUCCCUGAUCUCUGUGGCCCUGGGAGACCCCCUGUGGUCACAGCAAGUUCCCUGCCUCCGCAGGCGCCUACAAAGCAGGACGUUAAAGUCUUUAGUGAAGAUGGAACAAGCAAGGUGGUGGAGAUUCUGACAGAUAUGACGGCCAGGGACCUGUGCCAGCUGCUGGUUUACAAAAGUCACUGCGUGGAUGACAACAGCCGGAUAAAAUGGCAGAUAAUUCUUCAUGUCUUAAAACAUCACUCAUAGUAUACUGUCGUUGGGUUUUGCUUUUUCAUCUUCAUUGCAGGACAAUUGCAAAAUGUUAGUACAAAGUGUACAAUGUGAUGAUCUGUUUUACAUGUACACUGUGAAAUAAUUAUUAAAAUCAAGCUAAUUAACAUACUCA